GACGGGGCUGUGCUACGGUGGCGGCAUUUUUAUUCUUCCGCUGUGGCGUCUUCACGUGACACCGUGUCAAGCCUUCAAACUUGCAAGUGAAGCUACACGCUGUUGAAUAGAUCGUCGCGUCAGAAUGUUCAGCCCUCGGUUUCUCGUUGUCAGUCUUGGCAAUCCUCUGCCCAAAUAUGAGAGCCUCCAUUCGGCCGGCCACUUUGCUCUCAAUGGCCUGGCCAAGGUUCUACGACACCCCCCUUUUCACGAGGUGACUCUUGGGAAGCAUACAUAUCUGGUGUCUCAGGGACCCAAGUACACAUUGGUCCAGUCGCCCACGCUCAUGAAUGUGUCUGGAGGAUUUGUUGCCCGAGCAUGGCAGGAAAUGACGAAACAACAUGAUCCGGCAUCGCUCAGCCUCGUCAUUGUUCAUGAUGAACUCGAAAAGGACUUGGGCAUUGUGAGACUCACGGCAUGGGAUCGGAGUCACAAGGGACACAACGGCAUCAAAAGCGUCAAGGGUUCGCUUUCACAGGGCAAAUAUCCCACUUCGCCAUUUGUACGGAUUGCUGUCGGUAUUGGACGGCCGGUGGAGAGAGACGCUGAGACUGUGAGCCGGUAUGUUCUUGAUCGGAUAUCGAGAGAGCAGAGGAGGAUCCUAGAGGAGGAGGCACCUUGGAAGGUUGCGGAGAAACUCGUCGAACUGGAAGAUGAAUGGAGGAGCGAGGUCAAGUCAUGACUUGGGCCGGUCCCUUGUCGAGAGUCACGGCAACCAGAUGGUGGGAUGCGAGCCAUACCUGUGCCUGCUGGGAUGAAGAUACAUCUCAACACCUCACAAUGAUGAAAUGCUGCAGAAGUCAUUUUGAGAACAUCAGGCCACAAAACUCGGUUGGGUUGUAUCAUCAACACCAUUACGCAGCAAACCCCCACGCCGACGCAACAACUCUUGAUCAGCCGCACUUUAAGACAAGCAUCAAUAUUCUACGAAGUACAUCAAUUGGGUACAUCCACGCCUCAC